GAUGAUUAGUUGUCCAGCAAGUUGGGCCGAGAUUUUUCCCGAACCGACGGCUAUGGGGCCCAAUUUAAACUGCUGACGUGGCAAACUUUGAAACCCUCACUAAACCCAAAAUUGAGUUGUUUACAAAUCGCCACAAAGGCCCAUAGAAUAAAAGUUUGCAUUUUCCAGAGGUUUUCGGAAGAGGAAAGUGGAUCGCCGGAAUGAGGAGAGUCAGUAGAAUCGCCGCCUUAUACCGGGCAGUGGACAGUGCAGCCGCCGUGGAGGUGCCGCAGCAUAGGAUGUCUACGGUGGCUCAGUUUAGCACGAGCAGCAACAAGUCAUCUGCCAGGUCUAACUGGUUAUUCAACAAUUUGCUCACGGAUCUAUCUGCUAGAACCGCAGCUCAUGCUGUUGCUGGAACAAUGCUUUUCUCGGUGGCGGCUACCACGUUGACCGAGGAAGUCCACGCUAAAGAAGCAGUGCCACCGGAAUUACGCCCAAAAGAUCUUGUCCUUUAUCAGUAUGAAGCCUGUCCUUUCUGUAACAAGGUUAAAGCAUUCCUCGACUACUAUGACUUACCAUACAAGAUCAUUGAGGUCAAUCCCAUCAGCAAAAAAGAACUCAAGUGGUCUGAUUAUAAGAAAGUGCCUGUUGUGUUGGUUGAUGGUGAACAGAUGGUGAACUCAUCAGAUAUUAUUGAUAAAUUAUACGAGAAGGUUCGUUCUGGUGAUUCUACCUUUGAUGCCGAUGAAGAGAGCAAAUGGCGCAAGUGGGUGGAUGAUCACUUGGUGCACAUGUUAUCACCUAACAUAUACCGAAAUACCUCAGAAGCUCUUGAAUCGUUCGAUUACAUCACUAGUCAUGGUAAUUUCAGCUUUACGGAGAGAAUAACUGCCAAAUAUGCUGGAGCUGCAGCCAUGUAUUUUGUUUCGAAGAAAUUGAAGAAGAAAUAUAAUAUUACAGAUGAGCGUGCAGCCCUGUAUGAAGCUGCAGAAACAUGGGUUGAUGCUCUCAAGGGCCGAGACUUUCUUGGUGGUUCUAAACCAAACUUAGCAGAUCUUGCUGUAUAUGGCGUUUUGAGACCCAUUCGCUAUCUGAAAUCUGGUAGAGACAUGGUGGAGAACACACGUAUUGGUGAUUGGUACUCUCGGAUGGAAAGUGAAGUAGGCGUGUCUGCUAGAAUUCAAGCUUAAGUGACAUCUAUUGGUCAAUGGGCAAAUCACAUUCAGGAUCAGUUUUUGACACUAGUUGAUUACAGUUCUGAGAAAGAAUAUUACUUCCAAUCCAGUGACAAAUUAUUAAUAUAUAAAGGAGUGCACUUUCACAAAGUUUUGGUAGUUAGAUACAAAAUAAAUUUGGAUGUGGGCUUGUUUCCAUUCUACAUUGACUUAUUCUUUUGGAUGUAAGUUGUAUUUGAGGUGUGCUGAGACAACUUGCAGUUUACACCAUUUUUUCGCCAAUGGUGUAAACUCGUCACUUUCAUGUGCUAA